GGUAAAAGGCUGACGCUGAGGAACCGGGAUGUCCACACAGCCAGAGCCGCAGUCAGAGAGAGAGAGAGAGAGAGAGAGAAAGAGAGAGAGAGAGACCUUGGCGGUGACACAUCUGCUCUAGGCUGGAAUCACAUGAACAAAAGAUUGACUGAAAAAUAUUUCUCUAAAUGUGGCUUUCGCUCCGUUUCCCUUUCACGUUUGACGCCAAACGCGUAAAAGCUCAAUUUUGGCUGCGAGGACUCGAGGCGACACACGGACUUCUGAAGACUUUUUCCAAGAAGCCCUCGCAGAAGUCUCAAAGUGACUUUUUUCCUCUCUCUCUCGGCUGGAGCUCAGGAGCCAACGCUCUGUAAACUGUUGGAAAUCUGCUUUUUUUUGUAAAUCGUGUCGUCACGGGCUUUUUUUUAAAAUUUUAUUUUACGCACGCGGAACUGCAACCCGACGCGUCUGGAUAUGCAUACCCGGCGAUUUAUUUGAAUUGGACAGAUAACAGAGCAGUCGACAGCUUAAAGAAUUUACUGAGAAGUAAAAUAAAGAAGAAGAUAAAUCAGCUUCUUGUGCCGGAACCGAGGAGAUUAAAGAAGAGCAGAGCGGGUUCACGGUGAAGAUCGGGGAAGUUGAGUAUCUGUGGACGCACUGUGGCGCACAGAUGGUGUUCCUGUGGGAUGCGAAAUACGACCCAGCCCCCGGCCGGCGCUACACUCCCCCCUCCACCACCCUCGCCUCCGGGGGGAAGAUGGCCGAGGCCCUGCCCCUGGGGGCCCAGGAGGCCGGAGGCGGGGCUGCGCUGGUGGGCAAACUGCGCAUGGCAGACCGCGGCAUGGUGGAGGUGAUCUCGGAUCAUCCGGGAGAGCUGGUGAAGACCGACAGUCCCAACUUCCUCUGCUCUGUGCUGCCGACCCACUGGAGGUGUAACAAGACUCUACCCAUCUCUUUUAAGGUGGUUGCCUUGGGCGACAUCCCAGACGGCACCUUGGUGACGGUGAUGGCGGGAAACGACGAAAACUACUCGGCGGAGCUCCGCAACGCCACGGCCGCCCUCAAGAACCAAGUGGCCCGAUUCAACGACCUGCGCUUUGUCGGCCGCAGUGGAAGAGGGAAAAGUUUCACUCUGACCAUCACAGUGUUCACCAACCCUCCUCAAGUGGCCACAUACCAAAGAGCCAUUAAAAUUACAGUGGACGGUCCGAGAGAGCCACGGCGUCAUCGUCAAAAGAUGGACGAGGUCAAAGCCGGCUCGCUGGCGUUCUCCGAGAGGCUCACGGAGCUGGAGCACCUGAGGCGGAGCUCGAUGAGGGUGACGCCUCCUCACCACCACCACCAUCAACCGUCAGCCACCAGCCGCCAAUCUGCAGCACUCAACUCUGCAGCAUUCUCCAGUCCCACGCACACUCAGAUAACUGCCGAUUCCAGACAAAUGCAGUCGUCUCCAUCUUGGUCCUACGACCAAUCGUAUCCCUACCUUGGCCAAAUAACCACACCUAGUGUCCACACAGCCAACCCCCUUUCGCCUGGCCGCUCCUCACUCAGUGACUUGUCCUCAAGGCUCACAGGUCCUGACCUCACAGCCUUUGGUGACCCCAGGAUGACCUUAGAGCGAUCUUUCAGUUCCCUUCCCUCUUUGCAGGACUCCCGCUUCUCCGACCCCCGCGUGCACUACCCCACCACAGCGGCUGCUUUCACCUACACCCCCUCCCACAACCCUGUCUCCAACAGUGCCCUCGGCAUCACCAUGGCAACUGCCAUGGCGACCACCCCAGCAGGGAGGUACCACACCUACCUGCCUCCCCCCUACCCUGCAAACACCCCCCACCAGGCUCAGAACGGGCCUUUCCAGUCCACCUCCUCGCCGUAUCACCUGUACUACUCCACCGCUGCUGGAUCGUACCAGUUCUCCAUGAUGGCUGGAGGAGGCGGCUGCGGCGGUGACUCGCGCUCCCCUCCGAGGAUCCUGCCACCGUGCACCAACGCCUCCACGGGCUCCUCCCUCAUGCACCCCUCCUUGCCCAAUCAGAAUGAAGGAGUGGGCGUUGAGGUGGAGUCAAGCCAUAGUAGCUCGCCGACAAACAUGGCAGCUGCCGAAGCCGUCUGGAGACCUUACUGAACCAGCCAAAGAGGCAGAGGAGGCUCUGAAUGAUGCUCACUGGACAUCACCCCCUGGUCAUAUGAAGACACUGAAGGCAUAAAUACACACCCGUUCAAAAUAUGAUAAUAAUGAAUUCAACAACAUGAAGAGCCUUAAGUCAGUAUAAAAAUAAUUUACAGGUUAGGGAGAGUCUGAUGCUAUUCUACAUUUUUGUAAUUGUCAACAACACAAACAAUAUAUUGACACAAAUAUAUAUAUAUAAUUUUUUCAAAACAGUUACCUCCAGUAAAACAGGAGGAAGUGGUGCAUUUGUUGGGGACUAUUGAACAAUGGAGGAAUCACAUAUAUCAGACUUUGGAAACAUGCGGUCCCUGGAUGCCGUCUGUGGAUUUUGUCUACGAAAAAUAUUGAAUAUCAACAGACUUAUCCUGUCAGGGAACAUCAGUGAGACAGACAUAUUAAAACUUGGUUUUGCACCAUUAUCCUUAAUUACAGAAAACUUGAAUAUAGAUUUUGGGACCCCCAGUAACCACCAGGUAAACAACCAACAGGUAGCCGGAUUUAAUGCUGUGGCAGAUCAGUGUAUAUUGAUUGUUACCUACUGAUGACUUUCUCAUUUUUAGAAUUCUGGCGACGUUUUAUUUGACCCAUACUUAUGCUGAAACAUUGAUUAUUGGUUUCUAAUUACUAGUACUGGAUGUCAUCAUAUGACCAGGUGCCGAAUGUGUGAGUGUCUUUCAAACGGGCUACUGACAGAGAAGAAUGUUGGUCAAUGAGGAACAGGCCGAAAUGACUGACGGGUGUAUUGGCCAACAGACAGCUCCCAACCCAGCCUCACGGCAGGAUACACGGUGGAGGACCUAAUCGUGAACGUGAAUGGAAAGAAGCGCUGACACUGACAAAGUGCAUGCAGCCGCACUGGACUGAUCUCAAUUCAGCUCCCCUUGUACAUUGACAGGAUUUUGUCCUCAUAAACGUUGUCGUUGUUGUGACUAGAUUAUUGGCUCAUCCUUUGCGCAAAUGUGGGAGUGGCCUGUUUGUGUUUACCUUCACCCCUCCAUCCAUCUUUGUUCCCCCCAUGCUGUUACCACGCCUCUAUCGUUCACUCUCGACAUUUUCAGAAGAACUGAGCCCACUGAACGUGUCUGCUUCACUCACUGAGGUUGUUUUUAUGACCUCUGAAUCAAAUCUGGACAAAAAGAACAGCCAGGAGGUUGAUUGGUUCCAUAUUUAUUAACGAGGGUCCUAACGAGACUGGAUUCUAAUGAGACCUUAAUGAGAUUUGUCAGCGGUUUAAAAGCUCUAAAUUAUGUCUCAGAUGUUUUUUGCAGCGGAAACCAUCGGUGUUCCAUCGGCAAUUUCGCUCCGAGAUGACUUAUCCAGGGCUCCAAACCUCUCUGUUCACUGCUGAAUGACUUAUUUCCUCACUGCACUGAGAAAUCGUUGCAGUAAGAAGUUCUGUAAACGUGUUAAUUUAUUCCUACAACGCCAUUUUUGGUAGCAUUUUGUGUCUGUUCCUAUGUGUGCGAGUGUUUGUGUGAGUGUGUGUCACUUUUUUACCCAUGAUCCACAGUUAAUUUGUACUGUAUAUAGCCAUGGCUGUAAAUGACGCUGCAUUUUUAACAUGGUUUCAUCAUCCCUUCUUCGCUUUGUCUCUCAUACACACAAACACACAAACACAGAAAAACACACGUUUUAUUUUGAACCUGUUGAUAGUGCACAUUUGGUUGUGAUUUAUAUAAAUAGUCUUUCGAGGAAAAUACA